AAGUUGAGAUUGAGAUGUCUAAAAUUUGCGAAACGAAAAUACCACACGACUCACUUUGUUUUCAAAUUUAUUAUAAUUAUCUAAUUACGUCGUUGUGUAUUUAUAUUGAUCUCAACUUACCUAUUCCAUAGUUCAUAGCAAAUGAGUGCAUUUUGUGAAAAUAUAGUGAUUGAGACACAUUAACGAGUGAAUUCAUGAUGAGUGACUCAAAAUCCUUUGUUAAUUUCUCCUGUCAGCGAUGUUUGCAGCCUUUGAAGCUAGACGAGUCUUUGAACAACCUUGGAGAGCACACUAUCGCGGAUCUAGCGCUCCAGAUACGGAGAAACAAUGAGGUAGACUUGGAUUUGCAAUCAUCAAGUUUAGACCACUAUGUACCACCUUUCCGUAUGACAGAAUCCGGGAACGGAGCAAAUGGAUUUAUGGUCAUCUCAGACGGAUGGGAAACUACAUCUCUUGGUCACCAGCUACAUGUCAAAGCUACUCUAUUUGAUUUAUUAUCAAAUAACUCUGAUGUAGACCACCCUUUGUGUGAUGAGUGCACUGACACACUUUUAGAACUGAUGGACAAUCAAUUACGUCAAACUGAGGCCGAAUGGAAAGACUACAAUGAUUAUUUAAAAAAGUUAGAAGAUGACAAGGAAGAUUUGAAUUUGGAAGGGCUCGAAAAAGAGUUGGAAGACUGGAAACAAGAACAAAGUAGGUUGUUGCAAGAGUUAUCUGCUCUCCAAAAAGAAGAGAGAGCUAUGAAAGACGAGAUAGAGAUCCAGGAACAGGAGAAGGAGAGGUUGGAGAAACAGCAGGAUGUAUAUUGGAAGGAGUACACAAAAUAUCGUAAAGAUUUGAUGACAACAGAAGAUCAAAUGAAAUUUUUUGAAUGCCAGCUUGCAUAUACCCAGACCCAGUUAGAGAAAUUAAAGAAAACAAAUGUAUUUAAAGCUACUUUUCAUAUAUCAGAUUCGGGGCAGUUUGGUAUUAUAAACAAUUUCAGAUUGGGCAGACUGACUGCAGCUCCGGUUGAUUGGUCCGAAAUAAACGCUGCGUGGGGUCAAACAGUCCUGCUAUUAUCAUCUCUCGCUAGAAAGAUCAACUUUUCGUUCCAGCGAUACCGUUUAGUCCCAUACGGCAAUCAUUCGUACAUAGAAGCUUUGGAAGAUCAAAAAAUAUUGCCAUUAUACGGUUCUGGGGGCUUUCGAUUCCUUUGGGAUACUAAAUUUGAUGCGGCAAUGGUAGCAUUUUUAGAUUGCCUCCAGCAGUUCAAAGAGCAAGUUGAGAAAGGGAAUACAGGGUUUUGUCUGCCGUACCGAAUAGAUAAAGGAAAGAUAGAAGAUACGGCAUCUCCGCCACAUGCAUAUUCAAUAAAGAUACAAUUCAAUUCUGAAGAACACUGGACAAAAGCUUUAAAGUACAUGCUGACAAAUCUCAAGUGGGCAUUGACAUGGAUUUCGUCACAAUUCAGCGAAGAUAAAAAUGAACAUUAUUAAUUACUGUGAUAUUAAAGUUUUUGUAUGUAUUGAGAUGUCUUAAUUUUUAGAGGACACUCAAUAUUUUGUAGGUAGUUAAGAUAAUUUAAUGCCGGCAACACACUAUCGCCGAACUCGGACAGAUGCCGACAUGAAAGCAUGAACAUUGUGUGAGGCUUUUAUUUAUCGCAAUGAAAAAUCAUUGAUGUAUGAGUCCAUCAAGUUUGGCGAACUUGUCCGCGAUAGUGUGAAGCCCUACAGCCGGCAUAAAAUUGUCCACAACCACAAUCACAUUUAAAGCUAUGAAGGAUCUUCUCCUCUUUAUUUGAUAGAGCUAUAGAUAUGAUUUUAUUUUAACAGAAAGCUAAAAGAAUGCCUUGAAUGAUUUUUUUUUCAUUGUUAUUAUUAUUCUGUUUUUCCCGAGAGUUCUGUUUGGGCUAUGGUUCAACUUUAUUCUGAAAAUAAAGUCAAUAUAGUAAUUGCUUUUAUAAAUACAAAAGGUCAGCUGAAUGAACAAAUAUGAGACAAAUCCUUCAUAAAUAAAGUUAUAGAAUGAGCGUGUUCCUAUUACUCAGUAGUGCUCUGUGUGUUGUUGUUUACUAUAGGGUUUGACACUGACAUGCGUCGUCUUCGAAAUUUCAUACAAUUUCUACGUUUUUCUGCGUUGUUGAUCCGAGCAAUGGGAACACGCUCUUAUACCAAUUGUUUUCAAUGCUGUGAUUAUAUUAUUUUGUAGAAAUAUUUGAACUUGAUUGUAAUGUAUUAGCCUAAUAAAUAAUGAUUUAAGUAAUUGAUAAAUAAAGAUUUAGUUUAAUAACUUUUUGUUUAAACA